AUGGCAGCCCAUACCACCCAAGGCGGCCAGGUCAAUGCCACAAUCCCCUCGGCAUUUGCCAUAUACAACACCAGCUUCCUAGACAUCAUCGGCCGAACCCCCAAACUAGACCUACUCGUGGAAAACAAUGACUACCCCUUCGCCCACGAAGCAAGCGUCUACAUUCCAACCACAAAUGAGCUCUACAUGUCCAGCAACAUGUUCACUGACCCGUCAACCAACGAAACAACAAUCAAGGUCUCAAAGGUCAGCUUGAGCAAGUAUCCGCUCACAGCCGAGAUCGUCAACACCACCGUACCCAUGGCGAACGGCGGUAUCAACCACGACAAUGGCAUUCUGUGGACUGCCCAGGGUGGUCUUCAUGACACAGGUGGUCUGGUCCAGAUGUCUGUCACACCACCGUACAAGACGGAGAUGCUUCUGGAUUCCUUCUAUGGCCGCCAGUUUAACUCGCUGAACGAUGUGGCCGUGCAUGCGGAUGGGUCCAUCUGGUUCACGGAUCCUAUAUAUGGGUCUCUCCAGGGAAUUCGCCCGAAGCCUAAGCUGCCCAAUCAGGUUUACCGGUAUGAUCCGGCGACUGGGGAUGUGAGGGUCGUUGCUGAUGGAUUGGGACGGCCUAAUGGAAUAACGUUCUCGCCUGAUCAGACGGUUAUUUACAUCACUGAUACGGCGGAGACCAUUGGUGAUGGGUCUAAGGAUAACACAUUGCCGGCUACUAUCUACGCGUUCGACGUUACUACUGCCCAUGGCCAGCCCUUCUUGACCAACCGCCGUGUCUUUGCUAUGCCCGGUGUUGGUAUUCCCGAUGGUAUCAAGGUCGAUACUGAGGGCAAUGUCUAUGCUGGGUGUGGCGAUGGUGUCAAUGUAUGGUCCCCCGGCGGUGUUCUGCUUGGCAAGAUUCUUAUCAAAGACGGCACUUCCAACUUCUCAUUUGGUCGCAAGGGCCGCAUGUUCAUUCUCAACGAGAAUAAGCUUUACUCUGCGCAGCUGGACCGUAAGGUUCAAGGUACUCUUGUGAAAGUCUAA